AUGGAGAGGCCGAAGAAGCUUGAUCAUAAACGUCGUAAGAAGAAAGCUACAUCGAGUGAAACAAUUGAAGAGGAGCACGAUGCAGGGAAAGGUCGUGAGCUUGAACGAAUCACCGCAAAGGAGAGACGCAACGAACCUCGACCUGACACUGAGAGAGACUGUCAUGAUGAGGAUGAUGAGGUUGAAGAAAAUCAAGUAGAAGAGAAUGGAGAAAAUGGAUUAAACGUGGAAGAAGAGAACUGUGAGGACUUAUCACAACAUUUUGGAGAUGUCGCGAGAGAAGAAGAAAAUGUAAGUGAUGGAGAGAGUGGUGAUGAUAUUUGGGAUGAUGAGAAGAUACCGGAUCCAUUAUCUUCCGACGAAGACGAAGAAGAGGUAGAACGAAGAGAGUUGCUUUCCAAUAGUGUUGACAGUGAAGAGCUUUUGGCAUUGGGGAAGACAUUUGCUUGUGCAGCAGAUUUCAAGUUGGCAUUGUUACGGUACUCUCUGAAGACCCGUUACGACAUUAAAAUGUACAAGUCUACAUCAAGGAAGAUGGGUGCGAGAUGCUCUGAUGUUGAGUCGAAUUGCCCUUGGAGGAUUUACUGUUCUUACGAACCAAGGAGGCACAAGAUGCAAGUGAAAGUGUAUAUCAAUGAGCAUAAUUGCAUGAGAUCAGGCUACUCAAAGAUGCUUAAGGUAUCGUCAAUUGCUUGGCUGUUUGCGGAGAUGUUAAGGAUCAACAGGAAGUUUACGAAAAAGGAGAUGGCUGAAGAGGUCAAGAGAGAGUACAAUUUGAUUGUCACAAAGGAACAAUGUGCAAAAGCGAAGUCUAAGCUAUUCCGACAGAGAAAAACAAGCCAUGAAGUGCAUUUCUCACGUAUAUGGGAUUAUGAAGCCGAGAUAAAAAGGUCCAAUCAGUAUACAUCAAUGGUUAUUGAGAUUAUUCCCGGUGCUACUCUAGGAAGCAAGCAAAGGUUUGACAGGUUAUAUGUUUGUUUCACAUCUCAAAGAGAAUUUUGGAUAGAAUCAUGUCGACCUAUCAUUGGGCUAGAUGGUGCAUUCUUGAAGUGGGAUAUUAAAGGGCAUCUACUAGCUGCUGUAGGAAGAGAUGGAGACAACAGGAUUGUGCCAAUUGCUUGGGCUGUUGUUGAGAUUGAAAAUAAUGUGAACUGGGAAUGGUUUGUGAAGCUUUUGAAAUCGGAUUUAGGACUGCAAGAAGGAGCAACAACAACAAUAAUAUCCGACAAGCAGAAGGUUUGUGGUGUGCUAAUUUCUGCUUUUUUUUUGUGUUGUGCUUAUUUGAUUGUGUUUUCUUAUCAACAUGGACUUGUGAAUGCUGUCAAGAAUGAGCUUCCAGAAGCUGAACACCGAAUGUGUUCAAGACAUAUCCUUGCAAACUGGAAAAGAGACAAUAAAGAUCUUGAAUUAGAGAGAUUAUUUUGGAAGAUAGCAGGAAGCUACACUCUAGGGGAUUAUCAAGAGCAUAUGGACACACUAAAAAAAUAUUGCUCAGGUGCCUUUAACUCCCUUCAGAAAACAAACCCCAAUACACGGUCAAGAGUUUUUUUUAGGUUAGGAUCAGAUUGCAAUGACAACCUUAACAACCUUAGUGAGUCAUUCAACAAGACAAUUAGAGAAGCUAGAAAAAAGCCAUUGUCGGAAAUGUUAGAGGAUAUAAGAAGGCAAUGCAUGGUUCGUAAUGCCAAAAGAGCUAUCAUUGCUUCACAUAGUAAGACUAAGUUCACAAAGAAAGUUCAUUUGGAGGUUGAAAAGACUAAGGAAAAAGCAAAGGAUUGCAUCAGAUAUAUGGCAUGUGGGAAUGUUCAUGAAAUUGAUGAUGGAGGUGUCGCCUAUAGUGUUGAUAUGGAUUUGAAAACAUGCGGGUGUCUCAAGUGGCAGCUCAGAGGAAUUCCAUGUAUUCAUGCUUCAUGUGUAAUAACUGCAAAAAAACUAAAGAUGGAAGAUUCUGUGUCCAAGUACUACACAAGUGACAUGUGGAGAGUGACAUACUCGCGUGGUAUCAGGCCGGUGCAGGGAAUGAAAUUGUGGCCUAGGAUGAAUAGGCUACCAGUGUUGCCACCACCCUAUAGACUAGGUAAUCGUGGUAGACCAAGCAACUAUGAUAGAAAAAAAGGAGCUAAUGAAUCUUCUAGUUCCUCAACAAAACUGGGACGAGAAAAGCGUAUGAUGACUUGUUCUAAUUGCCUAGACACUGGUCACAACAAAACUACAUGUUCUAAUCCGACAGCUGAAAGAGAACCAAAAAGGCCAAGGGGUCGGCCAAGACUUCAAGAUGUGGGGGAAUCAACACAAGGUUUUUCACAAGAACAAUCUCAAGCUUAA